UCUUGCUGAUUGCUCGGCCCAUUAUCUGCUGUAUAGACUCGCAUUGUCUAUACAUCGAGGAACUGAGCCCACAAAACUUGAGCAUGUUGCUGAUGCAAGCGAUAUAUGCGCGUGAAAACCCCAGCCAUGGAUAUGAUACCUAUAACAUAGACAACUGAAACUUCUGCUAUUGUGCUGUGCUCUUAAUGCAAAUACAUCGCUUUAAACGCUUACUAAAUACUGCUCGAUAUUCCGCAGAUCAUAGUCGGCAACCCAACAAAACCAGACGAACUUCAGUAAAGAUGGAGAAUUUUCGUAGACAGCCGAGGUCAAUAGCAGAAGAGGAUCAAAAUUAUGGAUUACUUCAACAUGCUGAUAAUGAAAUCAUCAUCAGCACAUCAGGCAAAAUAAAUCGAUAUGUAACGGUCGGUCUAGAAUUAUUAGAGAAAAAUGGGACUAUUGUUGUAGUUGGCAGUGGAAAAGCUGUCAGUAAAACCGUAUCAGUCGCAGAAAUCAUUAAACGAAGGAUGGAUGGGUCGUUACAUCAGUAUACACAGAUUGGCAGCUCAACAGCAACGGAAAAGUGGGACCCAGUUGAGGGAAAGGACUUUAGCCAACUGGUGGUUUCAAAGCAUAUUCCUGUAUUGACGAUAUAUCUCUGUCAAGAAGCUUCACCGGCGCUAGAAAAGGUCUCAGGUUAUCAAGCACCAACGAAGGAAGUUGGCGGCUCAAAAUGAGAGGUGGUUCACGAUACUUCACACCAUAUAGUCUACCUAACGCCUUGAAUUCCCUGACAACAACAAACAGUCAAGCUUCGUCACUACGUAUAAUGGACAGACUGGAAAUUAUAGAGACUGAGGUUGAUGUGGAGUUGGGUUGAUAUGUUGUAGAAGUAGAAACAAAACAAGCGAUAUUUUGCACAGGUACCAAUCUGUGUACAAAUGGGCAAACCGUGUACAUAAUAAACCAGCCCAAUGGGCUCACCACGAACCAAUCAUGAUUUGGGACGUAAAUCUUUUGAAAUAACGAGAAAUCUAC